AUGAACGGCACCAAAUCCCACCGCUACGAUGUAAUCAUCGUUGGCGCCGGUAUCUCCGGCAUCAACGCCGCCUACCGUAUCCAAGACCAACUCCCCGGCUUCAGCUAUGCCAUUCUCGAAGCCCGCGAUGACCUGGGUGGUACCUGGGAUCUAUUCAAGUACCCUGGUAUCCGCUCCGAUUCAGAUCUCUUCACCUUUGGCUUCCAAUUCAACCCCUGGAGCCGCGACAACCCCAUUGCCGAGGGGUCAGCCAUUAAAGAGUAUGUGCGCGACACGGCGCACAAAUUCGGCAUCGACGAAAACAUUCUCUUCCGCCAUCGACUCUCUGCAGCAGACUGGUCGACUGCUGAGAAUACGUGGUCUCUCUCUGUCGACAGCGAAGGCAAAGAGCAAACCUUCACCGCCCGCUACGUCAUCUUCGGCACGGGCUACUACAACUACAAGGAGCCUCUGAAGGCCGACAUCGCUGGCCUCGACAACUUCCAGGGCCAGAUUGUGCAUCCGCAGUUCUGGCCCGAGGAUCUCCAGUACAAGGAUAAGAAGGUCGUCAUCAUCGGGAGUGGCGCGACGGCCGUUACCCUCCUCCCGAACCUGGCCGAACAGGCCGCCCGCGUUACCAUGCUCCAGCGCAGUCCGACCUACAUCCUUUCCCUCCCGAACCGAACAAGUAGUCGCUGGCUGUCAUAUCUGAUGCCGGCAUCUAUGUACUGCCGUCUUCAGCGCGUCAUCUGGAUCUACACCUCGCGCAUCUUCUUCCUCUUCUGUCAGCGAUUCCCGAAUUUCUCGCGCUGGCUGUUGAAGUUGAAUGUGCGAAAGCAGUUGCCGAGUCAUAUUCCAUACGACCCUCACUUCAAGCCGCGGUAUAACCCCUGGGAUCAGCGAUUGUGUGUCUGUCCUGAUGGGGAUCUGUUCCGCAGCUUGAGGAAGGGUAAGGCGGAUGUGAAGACGGAUACUAUUCGUGAGGUUACUAAGAAUGGGAUUACCCUUAAUUCGGGAGAGACACUGGAAGCCGAUAUUAUUAUCACAGCGACUGGAUUGAGGUUACAGAUUGCUGGUGGUUCGGCGUUGUCGGUGGAUGGGAACAAGAUCGACAUUGGCGACAAGUAUCUCUGGAAUGGAGUUAUGCUGCAGGAUCUACCCAAUGCCUCGUUUGUCAUUGGAUAUACUAACGCUUCGUGGACGUUGGGUGCGGAUGCAACUGCGCAGUUCGUUUGUCGCCUAUUGAAGAACCUGGAGUCGCGCAAGUUGAUUGCAGCUACACCGCGGUUGAAGGAGAAGGACGCUGGCACUCUGCAGGAGCGUCGUCUUCUCAACCUCAACUCGACUUAUGUUUCUAUCGCCGAACGGGCUCUCCCCAAGGCUGCGGAUCGUGGCCCGUGGCAGCCGCGUGAUCACUACUUGAAGGAUCUGCGGUUUGCUCAGGGUGGUGAUAUUGACACUGGAUUGGAGUUUGUUCAAGGGCCCAGUCUGCGGCUGCGCCCUAAGAUGUCGUGA